GCCGCCUGUCCGUCAGGCUGGGAAUUUCCCGGGGGCGGAACCUCUGUCCCGUUCUCCCCCCCGCUUCCUCCCGUGCUGGCGGCGGAGCGGUACCGGCACCAGGAGCGGUACCGGCGGCUGCUCCGCUGCGGGGGAGCACCGGCAGGGAUGCCUGGCUGGGAGGCAGGCGACUGAAUGGCGGGGAUGGAAGGGAGAAGACCCUACCGCAUCUACGAUCCUGGUGGGGGGACGGAGGAGAAUGGAUCCGCAGCCUUUGAGCGGCUGGUGGAGGAGAACGCCCGGCUGAAGGAGAAGAUGCAGGGGAUCAAGUCUAUCGGAGAGCUGCUGGAGGAGUCCCAGGUGGAGGCAUCCAAGCUGCGGCAGAAGGCGGAGGACCUUGUGAAGGACAAUAAAAUGCUGAUAGCCUCAUCUUCCUUGGAGGACCUGGUGGAAACUGGAGCCGUCGGCCCUGAUCCCAGCUCCACACAGGCCACCCCAGGCAGCACCCAGCCAGACAUGGAAACACGGAAAUCUCCUCCAAGUGGAUCCUCCUCGGAGUUUGAGAUCGUCGCUAUCGAAGCGCAGGGGUUUCCCCGGGAGAGCGGGAGAGUGGACUUGGAGCAGCCGCUGAAUGAGGAUGCCAACCUGCUGCCCCAGCUGCAGCAGCUGGAGAACACGCUGAGCGGCUGCGCCAAGGAGGCCAGCAAGGACCAGGUCUUCGUGCGCAUGGGCUACAUGGCCUCUGAGCUCAAGCGCCUGGCCUCCAAAGUACACAAGAAUGAGCAGAGAACAUCAUUCCUGCAGACACUGUGUGAGACGCUGCACAGUGAGAACAAAGAGCUGCGAACCAAGCUGGAGCGGGACCUGGAGCAGAGAAACCAGGCGCUGGAGAAGCUCAGGUGCGAGAACCAGGAGCUCCGGAGGAUGGUGACACUAAGCAGCCAAGACAGCGGGAAGAGGGAAGCUGCCGAGCAGCAGCAGCAGAGCGGGGCUGCGGUGGAGAAGGCACCGGGCAGAGGAGAGCUGGAGGCCAAGGAGAAGAAGGUGAAGAUCCUGGAGCACCAGCGCAGGGAGCUGCUGGAGGUGAAUAAGCAGUGGGAUCAGCACUUCCGAGCCACGAAGCAGAAGUAUGAGCAGAAGGUCACGGACCUGCACCAGGAGCUGGCCGAGGCUCGCAGGGCAUUGACCGAGCUGGAGUCGGAGCGGGAGCAAAAGCAACGGGAUUUUGACCGCAAACUGCUCCUGGCAAAGUCCCGGAUCGAAACAGAGGAGGCGGAGAAGGAGAGGCUGGCCAUGGAGGUGAGGGACCUGCAGCAGAGGAUGCGGUUCCUGCAGGAGCAGCUGGCUCCGGUCACCAGGCAGCGGGAGUACCAGGAGAAGGAGAUCCAGAGGCUGAACAAGGCGCUAGAGGAGGCCCUGAAUGUCCAGGCCUCCCCACCACCCAUCUUUGCCAGCACCAUGGAGACAGCUGGGAAGGUGCCGCAGCAGGAGCUGCUGACCCAGAAUGAGCUCCUCAAGCAGCAGGUGAAAAUUUUCGAGGAGGACUUCCAGCGUGAGCGGAGUGACAGGGAGAGGAUGAAUGAGGAGAAGGAAGAGCUGAAGCAGCAGCUGGAGAAGCUGCAGAAGCAGUUGGUCCUCUCCAACAACCAGCUGCGGGCCUCCAAGGAUGACUGCCAGAGAGAGAAGGAGGAGAAGGAGAAGCUGAAGAAGCUGCUGAAACAGCACAAACAGGCUUCUGGAGAGAGACUGCACGCUGAGCCGCUGCCGGGGCCGCUGGGCCCUACCUGCCCCAUGUACACCUACCAGUACAGUCCCCCCGUGGCUCACCCCAUGUACCACGGCUUUGACGAGUGGCAGCAGAUCCGAUACCCGCCAGCGAUGCCGGGCGAGCACACGCCGGGACAGAACUUCCACCAUUUUUCCCCGCCCGAGUACCCCUGGCGCCCGCCCUGCGCCAUGGCUCGCAGCCAGAACGCCCAGGCCGUGGCUGGGGUGAAACCGGUCCCCAAGGACUUGGAACAGGCAGGUCCCAGAUUGCCCUAACGCCAAGGACCGGCUGAGCUGCGAUACCGGUGGAAGAGGAGUAGGGUGUGUGUGUGUGCCCGUGUGUAUAUAUCUAGGAGCUUCCUCCAGCUGCCUCCCCCGGUGCACGGACGUGUGGUGGACAUGGCUGCACCCAUCGCCAGGAGCGGCUCAGCAGUGCAUCCCCCCGGGGAAGGUGCAAAGGAAGGACCCGAGGUGCCAUCGCGGUGGUGGCCAGCACAGGGUCAGCCCCCCAUAGCUGUCCCCUUCCCCAUGAGGCGUCAGGCCUGGUGUCGCUGUAGACCCGAGCCAGGUCUUCAGGGAAGAGGAGCCGGCGUUUCCCAGGAGCUGCCACGGUCCAGGGGGCUUUGUCGUGGGUCUCGGGGCGGUUCAGCCCCUGGAGCAGUGGGUGACAGCGGGGGGGACUCUCCCGGCGGUGGGAGAUCCCACGCUUGCAGGCGGGUGGGUGCCUGCCCGCAGCCACAGCCCGGGCUGAGGGUGGUUGGUGUCUUUGUAUUUAUUGAAGGACUGAAGUGUA